UUCAAUCAAAAUUUUAUAUAAUAAGAAAACAAAAAAAUAAAGGUUUUGUAAUUGAUUGACCACAUAGAAUAAUAGAGUCAUUAUAAUAAUCAAGCAAAUAUAUAAAAAGACAAAAAAUUUAACCAAAUCAAACUAACAACUAUAUAUUUUAAAUUUAUCAUUAAUUUGAGUAUUGUUUUAAAAGAACACUCCUCUAACAAUUAAACUGCUAGUAAUAUGAAGAUGUUUAUGGAGGAAGAAGAUAUUUGUGAUGAUUUGAGCAAGACUAAAUCAUUAAAAUGUAUAAAUUCAUCAAAAAACAAAAGCAAAGUUAAGUAAGAAGACGAUGAAGAAUAUAACAGUAAUAACUAAAUCCUUGUGGCUAAGGAUUAUGAAAUUGCUUACAGAGAUGAUAAAAGUAAGUUUAUGUAUCAGUUGUUCCUUAAUAAAAUGCAAUAAAAACUCUCGCAUGUUAUUAUUUUUGAUCUCUUGGUUGAUCUUGACAGUGGAGCAUCAAUUUAAGAACAGCAAGAUGAGUAUUUCCGUGGCUUUGACCUUUUGCAUAAUAUAAAACCUGUUUAUAAGGUCGAAAAAAAAUGCGGCUAUGUUAGUUUCCAUAUGCCUGAGAAGGAAAUCCCAGAUAUAGAUAUAAACUACAGCAUUUAAUUACUGGAAUCUCAACAAUCUGCUAAGUAUAAAGAGUUUGCUGAAAUGCUUCGCUAAAUGAAUAUCAAAUAAGCUAUUUUUAGAGAUAUAAUCACAAGAAUAUUAGAAAGGAAUAAUUAUAAUAUGGAAUACAUGAUGAAGAUCAAAUAGUAAAGAUAAGAAUAUAUGUAGAAUUACUCAUAAGAAAAAUUCAUGACAAAGUAAGACAGUUCGUAAGACCUCUUUGUUAAUAUAGCAGGAUAUUCAUUUUGUAUCAUUAACAAGUCCAUGCAUCUUUCUUACCUUUCAAAAUCUAAAGAAUUGAUUUACCUUUUAGGUGCUGAUGAAGAUCAAUAAGCCAGAGUCGCUCUUAAAAAGAGUUAGCUUGAUAUGUUCAGCUACGACUCAAGAGCUGUUAUCUAAUAAGUAUACAUGAAUUACAUUCUUCAUGGUAAAACUACUUAAUUUGAAUAAAACUUCAACCUUUUAUCAUACGAUAACAUCUCCAUAUACUGUCCAGCUGAGUUUAAAGUGUGCCAAAUCAAAUAUCCACCAGAGCUUUAAUAUGAUCCAGAAAUCCAGUGUGAUGAUUUUAUAGUGGUUUCUCAAUAUGAUAUCUAGCCUUUCUAAGUUUAGAAAGUUUUGGGAAUAAGAAAACAGUUUGAUGAACUACAAAGAUAUAUGCAAACAUUUGACUAAGACUUCGAAUACAGCAUCUAGAGUGAAAAUUUCUUGUCUAAAUUUUAUAAAAAAGUAUUGAAAAAAAUACACAAAAGAGAUAAAAUCCAUGAAAUGAAAGAAAGAGAAAUAAAAUCAAGGACAUGUGGUUAUCGCCAUCUCAACCAAUCAAAAUGA